AUGGCUGGCGGAGCAGCGGUGAACAUAUUCCAUCUCAAGAGUGGCUUUGCUCUUCCACCCGGCGUCCUCAAUUGGAGACUGUGGUUCGCUGUCGCUGCUUUUGCGGUACUGGGAGCUGCGCGUGGUAUCGAUGAAGGACUCAUCAGCGGAGCUUUCAAGUCACCCGACUUUCAAGACUUGAUAAAAUAUCACAGCUAUACCGAGGCUGAACAGACCAAUAUCAAGGGCAAUGUCACCGCCAUGGUUCAGAUUGGGUCGGUCGGCGGAGCUCUCUUGGCCUUCCUCGUAUGUGACCGUAUUGGUCGUCUCUGGGCAACUCGUCAACUUUGUAUAUUUUGGAUCCUUGGUAUUGCCAUCUUCAUGGGCAACAACGGAAACCUUGGAGCUGUCUAUGCUGGCCGCUUCAUCGCUGGUCUGGGAGUAGGCCAGAGCGUGGUGGUCGGCCCGGUGUACCUCGCAGAGGUGGCUCCAGCCCCCAUUCGUGGUCUUUGCACCUGUGUCUUUGCCGGGUUCAACUAUAUCGGCAUCCUGGUGGCAUACUUUGCCAAUUACGGUUGUGCCAUUCAUCAAAAGGGAACCAGAAACCAAUGGAUGAUUCCAACCAGUUUGAACUUUAUGUUUGCCGGGAUCAUUUUCAUCCUCUCCUUUUUCCAAUAUGAAUCGCCACGAUACCUGAUCAAGAAGGGCAAGUUGGACAAGGCCGUGACCAAUAUGACUCAGAUCCGUCGUCUCCCAGCAGAUCACCCUUACGUCGUGCAGGAGAUUACUGCGAUCAAUAGCCAAUGGCACGAAGAGCAAGAAGCCACAAAGGGACAAGGUGCACUGGGAAUUGCCAAGGAAAUAUUCUUGAUCCCCAAGAAUCUCUACCGUUUCUACCUCGCUCUGAUGGCACAAAUCCUUUCACAGUGGUCCGGCGCAGGAUCUAUCACAAUCUAUGCCGUGGACCUUUUCGCCCUGUUCGGAGUCAAGGGAAACAAUGAAUCCCUUCUUGUAACGGCUGUCUUUGGUAUCGUCAAGUUGGUCGCCGCCUUGGUAUGCGCAUUUAUCCUGGUCGAUUAUAUCGGACGCAAACGUUCAUUGGUGUCUGGAAUCAGCCUGCAAGCCUUGUCAAUGAUCUAUCUCGCCGCAUUCCUUACCGCCGUCCCGCCCGGAGCGGAUGGCGAGGACAUUCCAAUGACUUCAUCCGACAAGGCUGCCAGCAAAGGGGCUAUCUUCAUGAUGUAUCUUUCUGGCUUCGGAUGGGCGCUAGGAUGGAACAGUCUACAGUAUCUGCUCGUUGCAGAGCUAUUUCCACUCCGUAUAAGGGCUGUGUGCACUUCGGUCAUCAUGUCGGCCCAUUUUGCGAACCAAUAUGGCAACUCGCGGGCGGUGCCGAAUAUGCUGCUUUCCACGAGCAAGGGAGGACUUGGCCCCGCUGGAACCUUCUGGCUCUUUGGUGGUAUCACUAUUUUCGGUGGUAUCUGGGUUUGGCUGACUGUUCCAGAGACGGCCGGUCUACCCUUAGAGCAGAUGGACGGUCUUUUCGACCUCCCAUGGUACAAGAUUGGUCGUGAAGGGAGAAAGUAUGCUGACUUGCAAGAGACCGAGAACAGGGAAAAAAUCCCUGUUUCAGUCGUUGAGCAUGUUGAGAAUGAGAAUGAACAGCCCAAGGCCGCGGCGUAA